CACCCACUCAUCAAAACUAUAAAACCAAGAUUGUUCAACCGCAAAGUUCAUUCAGAUUCUAGGAUCUACCCGUCCAUCAAGACACUUUUUUUGAGUGAUUGACAACAUGAGCAGUGUUGUGUUUCAGACAGGCUUCCAGGCCACCAGCUUUACUGUCCCAUAUGUCAGUCCCAUCUCUGAAGGACUACAAGCUGGAAAAGCCAUUUUCAUUCAGGGAGGUAUUCCCCUUGAGUCUGAUAGCUUUGUGGUAAACCUGAAGUGUGGUGAGGCUGAUGGAGACGACAUUGCCUUUCAGCUCAAGCCUGUGUUCAGCAGCAACAGCUUGGUCCUUAACAGCCGUCAAAAAGGAUCAUGGGGAAAAGAGGAGAAACUGGCCUUACCCUUACAAAAAGGGGGCAGCUUUGAUCUGAUUAUUGCUGUCCAUUCUGAAAACUAUCAGGUGUUUCUAAGUGGAGGGGAGGUUGGCAAAUUUAACCAUCGUAUACCACUGGAAAAAGUCACUGUUCUUGAUAUUGGAGGACAGGUUACUUUAACAAACGUAGUGUUCAUUGGGAGCUGGGCUGGCUCUAACAUCUUUGGCCAGGGCACAAUGACACAGGAGGGCAUGACGUUUGUACAAGGUCCAGUUGAAUCAGUCCAGUUGAAUCAGUCUUGGUGUUUUGGGGGUGCACCACAGAAAACACAAGUGAUUGAAACUCAAUGGAAUGUACAACCUGUUCAAGGAGAAUUUGAAUUUUCAAUCCUAAAUCCAGUACAAAACCCUACCCUUCCAUAUACGGGCCCAAUCGAUGGGGGGCUGAAAGCAGGAAAGGCCUUGUUCUUGCAGGGCGCUGUUGCUAGCAAUGCUGACAGGUUUACAAUCAAUUUUAAGACGGGGCGGUCAGACAAGGAUGACAUUGCUUUUAACUUCACGCCCCAAAUGAAGGGGAAAGUGGUCAUGAACAGCUUUAGGGCUGGAAAAUGGGAAACUGAGGAAUAUGGCCCUGAUAAUCCUUUUAAAAUGGGAGAACCUAUUCAGUUGUUCAUUGUCACCAAAUCUGAGGGUUAUGAGUUAUACGUUAAUGGAAGACAAUUUUACACGUUCAAGCAUCGUAUCCCGCUGGACAAAGUCACAGCGUUGAAUAUUGCUGGAAACGUUGAUGUGAACAUUCUUGGCUUCAUAGAAAACUGGAGCACAUUUUCAUUAUCUCCACAAUUCACAACAAUAACCGGUGGGAUCAGCAGCUUUGGUCCUCCUACCAUAAUACAAACAGAGCUCUUACUUCCACUACAAAAACCUGCCCUACCCUAUGUGGGCCCAAUAUCUGGAGGACUGAAAGCCGGCAUGGCCUUUUACGUGCAGGGAGUUGCUGGUACUACAGGUGACCGGUUUUCAAUAAACUUCCAGACUGGGCAAGGUGACGAUGACAUUGCUUUCCAAUUCAACCCCCGAUACAACUCGAAUGUGGUCAUGAACACACUCAGAAAUGGAGGAUGGGAGGCUGAGGAAUUUGGCCCUGACAACCCCUUCCAGAUGGGACAAGCUUUUGAGAUAUUCAUUGUAAUGAAACCUGAAGGAUAUCAAGUAUAUGUGAAUGGCAAGGAGUACUACCUGUUCAAACACCGUAUACCGCUGGACAAAGUGUCAGCUUUAGCUCUUGGUGGAGAUGUUGUUUUUAACAUUGGUGGCUUCAUACAAUCCUGGAGCACAUCUUCAUUUGCUGCAAACAUUCAGACUACACCAGUCAUCCAGACUACAACAAUCAUCCAGCCUACACCCACCAUCCAGCCUACACCCACCAUCCAACCUACACCCACCAUCCAACCUACACCCACCAUCCAGCCUACACCCACCAUCCAACCUACACCAACCAUCCAGCCUACACCAACCAUCCAGCCUACACCAACCGUCACGAAGACCUGUCUGGAUUUUUCAAGCUGGUCUCCUUCCACUAUACAUUCACAACUCUUGACUCCAGUCCAAAAUCCUGCUCUUCCCUACGUGGGCCCAAUUUCCGGGGGGUUGAAAGCAGGACUUGCAUUGUACUUGAAGGGAGUUGCAGGUACUAAAGGUGAUAGGUUUACAGUAAACUUCAAAACUGGAAAGGGUGACAAUGAUGACAUUGCUUUCCACUUCAAUCCCCGAUACAACUCGGAUGUGGUCAUGAACACCUUCAGAAAUGGAGGAUGGGAGGCUGAGGAAUUUGGCCCUAACAACCCCUUCAAAAUGGGAGAAGCUUUUGAGAUUUUUUUUGUGUUCAAGCCUGAAGGAUAUCUGGUAUAUGUGAAUGGCAGGGAGUACUAUCUGUUCAAACAUCGUAUUCCAUUGGAAAAAGUCUCAGUGUUGAAUAUUUCUGGAGAUGUUGUGGUGAACCUUGCAGGCUUCAUUCAAAACUGGUAUAGUCUUGGCUUUUUGCGCUGGGGCCUUUCCACCAUACAGUCAGAGUUCUCACUUCCAGUCCAAAAUCCUUCCCUUCCCUAUGUGGGUGCAAUUCCUGAGGGACUGAAAGCAGGACUGGCCUUAUACUUUCAUGGAGUUGUUGGCACUACAGGUGACCGGUUUACAAUAAACUUCAAGACUGGGCGGUCUGACAAGGAUGACAUCGCUUUUCACUUCAAUCCACGACACAACUCGAUUGUAGCUCUGAAUAGCUUUAAAAAUGGAGGAUGGGAGACUGAGGAAUCUGUCCCUGACAACCCAUUUAAAGUGGGACAAGCUUUUGAGAUGUUUAUUGUCAUCAAGCCUGAAGGAUAUCAGGUAUACGUGAAUGGCAAGGAGUGCUACCUGUUCAAACACCGUAUACCUUUGGAAAAAGUGUCAGUGAUACACAUUGAAGGAGAUGUUACAAUGAACCUGUUUGCCUUCAUACAAAAGUGGAGCACAUCCUUAUUUGCCACACAACUAAGGGGCUUCUUGCGCUGGUCUCCUUCCACCAUACAGUCGGAGCUCUCGCUUCCCGUCCAAAAUCCUGCCCUUCCUUAUGUGGGUCCAAUUACCGGGGGACUGAGAGCAGGAACGGCCUUGUACUUAAAGGGAGUUGCUGGUACUACAGGUGAUCGGUUUACAGUAAACUUCAAGACUGGGCAGGGUGACAAUGAUGACAUUGCUUUCCACUUCAAUCCCCGAUACAACUCGAAUGUGGUCAUGAAUACCUUCAGAAAUGGAGGAUGGGAGGCUGAGGAAUUUGGUCCUAACAACCCCUUCAAAAUUGCAGAAGCUUUUGAGAUUUUUUUUGUUUUCAAGCCUGAAGGAUAUCUGGUAUAUGUGAAUGGCAGGGAGUACUAUCUGUUCAAACAUCGUAUCCCAUUGGAAAAAGUGUCAGUGUUGAAUAUUUCUGGAGAUGUUGUGGUGAACCUUGCUGGCUUCGUACAAAACUGGUAUAGUCUUGGCUUUUUGCGCUGGGGCCUUUCCACCAUACAGUCAGAGUUUUCACUUCCUGUCCAAAAUCCUUCCCUUCCCUAUGUGGGUACAAUUCCUGAGGGGCUGAAAGCAGGACUGGCCUUGUACUUUCAGGGUGUUGUUGGCACUACAGGUGACCGGUUUACAAUAAACUUCAAGACUGGGCGGUCUGACAAGGAUGACAUCGCUUUUCACUUCAAUCCACGACACAACUCGAUUGUAGCUCUGAAUAGCUUUAAAAAUGGAGGAUGGGAGGCUGAGGAAUCUGUCCCUGACAACCCAUUUAAAGUGGGACAAGCUUUUGAGAUGUUUAUUGUCAUCAAGCCUGAAGGAUAUCAGGUAUACGUGAAUGGCAAGGAGUGCUACCUGUUCAAACACCGUAUACCUCUGGAAAAAGUGUCAGUGAUAAACAUUGAAGGAGAUGUUACAAUUAACCUGUUUGCCUUCAUACAAAAAUGGAGCACAUCUUUAUUUGCCACACAACUAAGGGGCUUCUUGCGCUGGUCUCCUUCCACCAUACAGUCGGAGCUCUCGCUUCCCGUCCAAAAUCCUGCCCUUCCUUAUGUGGGUCCAAUUUCCGGGGGACUGAGGGCAGGAACGGCCUUGUACUUAAAGGGAGUUGCUGGUACUAAAGGUGAUCGGUUUACAGUAAACUUCAAGACUGGGCAGGGUGACAAUGAUGACAUUGCUUUUCACUUCAAUCCCCGAUACAACUCGAAUGUGGUCAUGAACACCUUCAGAAAUGGAGGAUGGGAGGCUGAGGAAUUUGGUCCUAACAACCCCUUCAAAAUGGGAGAAGCUUUUGAGAUUUUUUUUGUGUUCAAGCCUGAAGGAUAUCUGGUAUAUGUGAAUGGCAGGGAGUACUAUCUGUUCAAACAUCGUAUUCCAUUGGAAAAAGUCUCAGUGUUGAAUAUUGCUGAAGAUGUUGUGGUGAACCUUGCUGGCUUCAUACAAAACUGGUAUAGUCUUGGCUUUUUGCGCUGGGGCCUUUCCACUGUACAGUCAGAGUUCUCACUUCCAGUCCAAAAUCCUUCCCUUCCCUAUGUGGGUACAAUUCCUGAGGGGCUGAAAGCAGGACUGGCCUUGUACUUUCAGGGUGUUGUUGGCACUACAGGUGACCGGUUUACAAUAAACUUCAAGACUGGGCGGUCUGACAAGGAUGACAUCGCUUUUCACUUCAAUCCACGACACAACUCGAUUGUAGCUCUGAAUAGCUUUAAAAAUGGAGGAUGGGAGGCUGAGGAAUCUGUCCCUGACAACCCAUUUAAAGUGGGACAAGCUUUUGAGAUGUUUAUUGUCAUCAAGCCUGAAGGAUAUCAGGUAUACGUGAAUGGCAAGGAGUGCUACCUGUUCAAACACCGUAUACCUCUGGAAAAAGUGUCAGUGAUAAACAUUGAAGGAGAUGUUACAAUGAACCUGUUUGCCUUCAUACAAAAAUGGAGCACAUCUUUAUUUGCCACACAACUAAGGGGCUUCUUGCGCUGGUCUCCUUCCACCAUACAGUCGGAGCUCUCGCUUCCCGUCCAAAAUCCUGCCCUUCCUUAUGUGGGUCCAAUUUCCGGGGGACUGAGGGCAGGAACGGCCUUGUACUUAAAGGGAGUUGCGGGUACUAAAGGUGAUCGGUUUACAGUAAACUUCAAGACUGGGCAGGGUGACAAUGAUGACAUUGCUUUCCACUUCAAUCCCCGAUACAACUCGAAUGUGGUCAUGAACACCUUCAGAAAUGGAGGAUGGGAGGCUGAGGAAUUUGGUCCUAACAACCCCUUCAAAAUGGGAGAAGCUUUUGAGAUUUUUUUUGUGUUCAAGCCUGAAGGAUAUCUGGUAUAUGUGAAUGGCAGGGAGUACUAUCUGUUCAAACAUCGUAUUCCAUUGGAAAAAGUCUCAGUGUUGAAUAUUGCUGAAGAUGUUGUGGUGAACCUUGCUGGCUUCAUACAAAACUGGUAUAGUCUUGGCUUUUUGCGCUGGGGCCUUUCCACCGUACAGUCAGAGUUCUCACUUCCAGUCCAAAAUCCUUCCCUUCCCUAUGUGGGUACAAUUCCUGAGGGGCUGAAAGCAGGACUGGCCUUGUACUUUCAGGGUGUUGUUGGCACUACAGGUGACCGGUUUACAAUAAACUUCAAGACUGGGCGGACUGACAAGGAUGACAUCGCUUUUCACUUCAAUCCACGACACAACUCGAUUGUAGCUCUGAAUAGCUUUAAAAAUGGAGGAUGGGAGGCUGAGGAAUCUGUCCCUGACAACCCAUUUAAAGUGGGACAAGCUUUUGAGAUGUUUAUUGUCAUCAAGCCUGAAGGAUAUCAGGUAUACGUGAAUGGCAAGGAGUGCUACCUGUUCAAACACCGUAUACCUCUGGAAAAAGUGUCAGUGAUAAACAUUGAAGGAGAUGUUACAAUGAACCUGUUUGCCUUCAUACAAAAAUGGAGCACAUCUUUAUUUGCCACACAACUAAGGGGCUUCUUGCGCUGGUCUCCUUCCACCAUACAGUCGGAGCUCUCGCUUCCCGUCCAAAAUCCUGCCCUUCCUUAUGUGGGUCCAAUUUCCGGGGGACUGAGGGCAGGAACGGCCUUGUACUUAAAGGGAGUUGCUGGUACUAAAGGUGAACGGUUUACAGUAAACUUCAAGACUGGGCAGGGUGACAAUGAUGACAUUGCUUUCCACUUCAAUCCCCGAUACAACUCGAAUGUGGUCAUGAACACCUUCAGAAAUGGAGGAUGGGAGGCUGAGGAAUUUGGUCCUAACAACCCCUUCAAAAUGGGAGAAGCUUUUGAGAUUUUUUUUGUGUUCAAGCCUGAAGGAUAUCUGGUAUAUGUCAAUGGCAGGGAGUACUAUCUGUUCAAACAUCGUAUUCCAUUGGAAAAAGUCUCAGUGUUGAAUAUUGCUGAAGAUGUUGUGGUGAACCUUGCUGGCUUCAUACAAAACUGGUAUAGUCUUGGCUUUUUGCGCUGGGGCCUUUCCACCGUACAGUCAGAGUUCUCACUUCCAGUCCAAAAUCCUUCCCUUCCCUAUGUGGGUACAAUUCCUGAGGGGCUGAAAGCAGGACUGGCCUUGUACUUUCAGGGUGUUGUUGGCACUACAGGUGACCGGUUUACAAUAAACUUCAAGACUGGGCGGACUGACAAGGAUGACAUCGCUUUUCACUUCAAUCCACGACACAACUCGAUUGUAGCUCUGAAUAGCUUUAAAAAUGGAGGAUGGGAGGCUGAGGAAUCUGUCCCUGACAACCCAUUUAAAGUGGGACAAGCUUUUGAGAUGUUUAUUGUCAUCAAGCCUGAAGGAUAUCAGGUAUACGUGAAUGGCAAGGAGUGCUACCUGUUCAAACACCGUAUACCUCUGGAAAAAGUGUCAGUGAUAAACAUUGAAGGAGAUGUUACAAUGAACCUGUUUGCCUUCAUACAAAAAUGGAGCACAUCUUUAUUUGCCACACAACUAAAGGGCUUCUUGCGCUGGUCUCCUUCCACCAUACAGUCGGAGCUCUCGCUUCCCGUCCAAAAUCCUGCCCUUCCUUAUGUGGGUCCAAUUUCCGGGGGACUGAGGGCAGGAACGGCCUUGUACUUAAAGGGAGUUGCUGGUACUAAAGGUGAUCGGUUUACAGUAAACUUCAAGACUGGGCAGGGUGACAAUGAUGACAUUGCUUUCCACUUCAAUCCCCGAUACAACUCGAAUGUGGUCAUGAACACCUUCAGAAAUGGAGGAUGGGAGGCUGAGGAAUUUGGUCCUAACAACCCCUUCAAAAUGGGAGAAGCUUUUGAGAUUUUUUUUGUGUUCAAGCCUGAAGGAUAUCUGGUAUAUGUGAAUGGCAGGGAGUACUAUCUGUUCAAACAUCGUAUUCCAUUGGAAAAAGUCUCAGUGUUGAAUAUUGCUGAAGAUGUUGUGGUGAACCUUGCUGGCUUCAUACAAAACUGGUAUAGUCUUGGCUUUUUGCGCUGGGGCCUUUCCACCAUACAGUCAGAGUUCUCACUUCCAGUCCAAAAUCCUUCCCUUCCCUAUGUGGGUGCAAUUCCUGAGGGGCUGAAAGCAGGACUGGCCUUGUACUUUCAGGGUGUUGUUGGCACUACAGGUGACCGGUUUACAAUAAACUUCAAGACUGGGCGGUCUGACAAGGAUGACAUCGCUUUUCACUUCAAUCCACGACACAACUCGAUUGUAGCUCUGAAUAGCUUUAAAAAUGGAGGAUGGGAGGCUGAGGAAUCUGUCCCUGACAACCCAUUUAAAGUGGGACAAGCUUUUGAGAUGUUUAUUGUCAUCAAGCCUGAAGGAUAUCAGGUAUACGUGAAUGGCAAGGAGUGCUACCUGUUCAAACACCGUAUACCUCUGGAAAAAGUGUCAGUGAUAAACAUUGAAGGAGAUGUUACAAUGAACCUGUUUGCCUUCAUACAAAAAUGGAGCACAUCUUUAUUUGCCACGCAACUAAGGGGCUUCUUGCGCUGGUCUCCUUCCACCAUACAGUCGGAGCUCUCGCUUCCCGUCCAAAAUCCUGCCCUUCCUUAUGUGGGUCCAAUUUCCGGCGGACUGAGGGCAGGAACGGCCUUGUACUUAAAGGGAGUUGCUGGUACUAAAGGUGAUCGGUUUACAGUAAACUUCAAGACUGGGCAGGGUGACAAUGAUGACAUUGCUUUCCACUUCAAUCCCCGAUACAACUCGAAUGUGGUCAUGAACACCUUCAGAAAUGGAGGAUGGGAGGCUGAGGAAUUUGGUCCUAACAACCCCUUCAAAAUGGGAGAAGCUUUUGAGAUUUUUUUUGUGUUCAAGCCUGAAGGAUAUCUGGUAUAUGUGAAUGGCAGGGAGUACUACCUGUUCAAACAUCGUAUUCCAUUGGAAAAAGUCUCAGUGUUGAAUAUUACUGGAGAUGUUGUGGUGAAUCUUGCUGGCUUUAUACAAAACUGGUAUAGUCUUGGCUUUUUGCGCUGGGGCCUUUCCACCAUACAGUCAGAGUUCUCACUUCCAGUCCAAAAUCCUUCCCUUCCCUAUGUGGGUACAAUUCCUGAGGGGCUGAAAGCAGGACUGGCCUUGUACUUUCAGGGUGUUGUUGGCACUACAGGUGACCGGUUUGCAAUAAACUUCAAGACUGGGCGGUCUGACAAGGAUGACAUCGCUUUUCACUUCAAUCCACGACACAACUCGAUUGUUUCUCUGAAUAGCUUUAAAAAUGGAGGAUGGGAGGCUGAGGAAUCUGUCUCUGCCAACCCAUUUAAAGUGGGACAAGCUUUUGAGAUGUUUAUUGUCAUCAAGCCUGAAGGAUAUCAGGUAUAUGUGAAUGGCAAGGAGUACUACCUGUUCGAACACCGUAUACCUCUGGAAAAAGUGUCAGUGAUACAUAUUGAAGGAGAUGUUACAAUGAACCUGUUUGCCUUCAUACAAAAGUGGAGCACAUCUUUAUUUGCUACGCAAUUAAGGGCCUUCUUGCGCUGGUCUCCUUCCACCAUACAGUCGGAGCUCUUGCUUCCCAUCCAAAAUCCUGCCCUUCCUUAUGUGGGGCCGAUAUCCGGUGGACUCAGAGCAGGAACAGCCUUGUACUUAAAGGGAGUUGCUGGUACUACAGGUGAUGGGUUUACAGUAGACUUCAAGACUGGGCAGGGUGACAAUGAUGACAUUGCUUUCCACUUCAAUCCCCGAUACAACUCGAAUGUGGUCAUAAACACCUUCAGAAAUGGAGGAUGGGAGGCUGAGGAAUUUGGCCCUGACAACCCCUUCAAAAUGGGAGAAGCUUAUGAGAUUUUUUUUGUUUUCAAACCUGAAGGAUAUAUGGUAUAUGUGAAUGGCAGGGAGUACUUCCUGUUCAAACACCGUAUUCCAUUGGAAAAAGUCUCAGUGUUGAAAAUUGCUGGAAAUGUUGUGGUGAACCUUGCUGGUUUCAUACAAAACUGGUAUAGUCUUGGCUUUUUGCGCUGGGGCCUUUCCACCAUACAGUCAGAGUUUUCUCUUCCAGUCCAAAAUCCUUCCAUUCCUUAUGUGAGCAAAAUUCCCGAAGGGCUGAAAGCAGGAUUGGCUUUGUACUUUCACGGAGUUGCUGGCACUACAGGCGACCGGUUUAUAAUAAACUUCAAGACUGGGCGGUCUGACAAGGAUGACAUCGCUUUUCACUUCAAUCCACGAUACAACUCGAUUGUAGCUCUGAAUAGCUUUAAAAAUGGAGGAUGGGAGGCUGAGGAAUCUGUCCCUGACAACCCCUUCAAAAUGGGACAAGCUUUUGAGAUGUUUAUUGUCAUCAAGCCUGAAGGAUAUCAGUUAUACGUGAAUGGCAAGGAGUACUACCUGUUCAAACACCGUAUACCUCUGGAAAAAGUGUCAGUGAUAAACAUUGAAGGAGAUGUUACAAUGAACCUGUUUGCCUUCAUACAAAACUGGGACAGAUCUUCAUUUUUUAUGAAAUUGAAGGUUUUGGUGCUCUCAGCCCCUUCCAACAUAUUCUCACAACUCUUACAUCCAGUCAAAAAUCCCAAAAUGCCCUAUCUGGGCCCAAUUCCCGGGGGAGUGAAACCAGGCAUGUGCUUCUAUUUGCAAGGAACUGUUCUUAGUAACGCUGCCGGGUUUUCAGUAAACUUCAAGGCUGGGCAGGGUGAGAAUGAUGACACUGCUUUUCACUUCAACCCACGAAUUAACUCGAAGGUAGUCCUGAACACCUUCAGAAAAAAAUGGGAGACUGAGGAAUUUGCCCCAACCAACCCCUUUAAAAAAGGACAGGCAUUUGAGUUGUACAUUUUCUUCACACCCCAUGGAUACACGGUACAUAUGAAUGGCCAAGAACUCUGCACGUACAAGCACCGCAUGCCUUUGGACAAAGUAAAUACACUGUUGAUCAAGGCUGAUAUCACUGUUGGCAUCUGCGGGUUUUUGAAGGGCAUGGAAGGUGGUUUUAUGUCUUUUUCCACUGUUAAACAAGCUCAGCCUAUUAUGGUAGGGGGUUGUAUCCCUGUCCCUACUCAGCACUCUCAUCAAGUUACGGGAGGUGCUUGUGUCACUACUCAUCAUGGUUCCUUUCCUCAUCCUCACGGUCAUGGUCAGGGUCUUGGUCACGGUCACGGUCUUGGUCACGGUCUUGGUCUCGGUCAUGGACAUCAUAAAAAGUGAAGUUUACACAUCUAAAUAUUCACACAUUAUGCAUGACAUUGGCCUCAGUCUAUGGCCAUGACAUCACUGUUAUUGAUGUUUUGAAAAUGUCAAAUAAAUCUUAAACACCUUG